UCUCCAACAAACAUAUCGAAAACCCCAAAUUUCUACUCUCUAGAUCUCUCUCUCCUACCUCGCAUAUUUAGUGCCGGUCAGGCGGUUAUCACUGUCUCGCCGGCGACGGAAAAUCUCAAGACCGGAUCAAUCGCGGUAUCUCAAUCGGCGAUUGCGUUGAAAUGAGUACAGGAGAGCUUAUAAGUAUUGAACCGGAGGAACUUCAAUUCCCAUUCGAAUUGAAGAAGCAGAUAUCAUGUUCUCUGCAAUUAACGAACAAGACAGAUGGUUAUGUGGCGUUUAAGGUGAAAACCACGAAUCCAAAGAAGUACUGUGUUCGUCCUAACACAGGGAUUGUGCUGCCGAACUCUAGAUCUGAUGUUAUAGUCACAAUGCAAGCACAAAAGGAGACUCCUCCUGAUAUGCAAUGUAAGGACAAGUUUCUUAUUCAAUGUGUAGUAGCAAGUCCUGGUGCUACAACCAAAGACAUCACUGCAGAAAUGUUCAACAAGGAAUCGGGGAAUUAUGUUGAGGAGUUCAAGUUACGAGUAGUUUAUACACCUCCACCUCGGUAUCCAUCACCCGUGAGGGAAGGGUCUGAGGAGGGUUCUUCUCCAAGGGGUUCAAUAUCUGACAAUGGUGCUGUAAAUCAUCUUGAAUAUAAUGCACCUUCAAAGGAUCAGCUUGAUGGAUCAUAUGCUGAGGCUCAAGAGAACUCAUCUGAGGUAAAGACUCUUCUCUCAAAGCUGGCAGAGGAGAAAAACUCUGCAAUUCUGCAAAACAACAAGCUUCUCCAGGAACUGGAGUUAUUGAGACGCGGAAGCAGCAAAAAACAUGGUGGCUUAUCUUUGCUACAUGUCAUUCUCGUAGGCUUGUUUGGCCUUCUCGUUGGGUUCUUUCUGAAGAGAACAUGAGCGCGAUUAUUUCCUACUAUGGGGGAUCAACUGUUGAGUUUCACUAAAAAAUCAAUUGGUAAAAUUUAGUGUAUGAUCAAUGUGUAGGAAAAUGCUUUGUUUUGCAUUUAUCCCUUUUCUUUUUUUCAGU